AUGAGGAUGCUGGGGAGAAUUCGGUCAACAGUGGAUGAAAAAGAACAAAAACAACUUCUUAUGGAUUUGGAUGUAGUAAUGCGGAGUAGUGAUUGCCCAUACAUUGUUCAGUUUUAUGGUGCACUCUUCAGAGAGGGUGACUGUUGGAUCUGUAUGGAACUCAUGUCUACCUCGUUUGAUAAGUUUUACAAAUAUGUAUAUAGUGUAUUAGAUGAUGUUAUUCCAGAAGAAAUUUUAGGCAAAAUCACUUUAGCAACUGUGAAAGCACUAAACCACUUAAAAGAAAACUUGAAAAUCAUUCACAGAGAUAUCAAACCUUCCAAUAUUCUUCUGGACAGGAGUGGAAAUAUUAAGCUCUGUGACUUUGGCAUCAGUGGACAGCUGGUGGACUCCAUUGCCAAGACAAGAGAUGCCGGGUGUCGGCCAUACAUGGCAGAUGGAUACUUCGUAGGCGAUGGGCAAUUCAUAUUGCAUCACAUCGCAAAGCACAUCAUGUUAGAAAAAUACUUGGGUAACUGUGUCUCCAUUUUAUUAAUGGUAUUUUUAUGUUAUUUUAGCCUUACGAAGGAUGAAUCCAAAAGGCCAAAGUAUAAAGAACUUCUGAAACAUCCCUUUAUUUUGAUGUAUGAAGAACGUACCGUAGAGGUCGCCUGCUAUGUUUGUAAAAUCCUGGAUCAGAUGCCAGCGACUCCCAGCUCUCCCAUGUAUGUCGACUGAUCUCGCUGCUACGUCAGACUCGAGAAAAAAGGGCUGAGAGGAAGCAAGACGUAAAGAAUUUUCAUCCCGUAUCACAGUGUUUUUAUUGCUCGCCCAGACACCAUGUGCAAUAAGAUUGGUGUUCGUUUCCAUCAUGUCUGUAUGCUCCCGUCACCUAGAACAUGCAUCCCGUGGCACCCGAUUGAUCACACAGUGUUAGUGCUGGUCAGAGAGACCUCAUCCUGCUCUUUUGUGAUGAAUUUAGUCAUGAAAUGUGGAAGUCAGUACGAUCAAUUUGUUGACUGUGAUUAGAUCACAUCUUAAAUUCAUUUCUAGACUCGAAACCUGAAGACGCAGCUACUGGGGUGGUGUUUUGUCAGACUUCCAGAUGCCGGAAGAACGCGGUGAUGGAUGUACUAUGUCUGAACAGAGAGACUCGGGCUUGAGUGAGAGGAGCUGAUGCUGCCAACGAGACACACGGCCCUCUGGAGCUGGGGGACAAAGGAGGAAUUUACUUUCUUCACCAAGUGCAAUAGAUUUACUGAUUUGAUAUUCUGUUGCUUUACCGUCACCGUCGAUGUUCGGGGGUCGAUGUGCUCAGCCAAAUUUCCUGUUUGAAAUAUCACGUUAAAUUAGAAUGAAUUUAUCUUUACCAAAAACCAUGUUGUGUUCAAAGAGGUGGACAGUGAAAUAUUGAGACAGGACAGAAUGUGUUCUUUUCUCCUUUACCGGUCCUUCUGCUCUUCAUCGGGAAGACUCAGGAGUCUGCCACUUGUCAAAGAAGGUGCUGAUCCUAAGAAUCUUCAUUCUCAAAAUUCGGUGUGCUGCCAACUUGAUGUUCCAUCUGCCACAAACCACCCGGACUGAAACAAGAAAAACAUACUGAGGGCAAAGUGUACAGAUGUUUCCAAUUCUGGCAUCUGAUCUGGAACAAAUCGUAGCAGAUUCCCCCUCGGUCCCGGUCCCAAGCCUGAUACUUUAGCCAUCAUAGCUCACUCACAGGGAGAAGCAGCUAGAAGCGAUGUGCCUUGACUGAUUACAUAGAGGUUGCUUGUAGGCAGCACAAGACCAAACCCCAGUCUUUUGCUCUCACUGGCCCAGAUCUUUGGUUUCUGAAUCCCCCUCCCUGCCCGCCUGGUCUGUUGCCGCUCUGUGACUUUUGCUUAAUCCAAUAUUUUGCCUUUUUCCUGCUCCUGUAUCAAAACGCUUUUUAAUUGCCAGGGACGUUUAGCCCCAAAUCCCUCCUAUGCUCCAACGUUUAAAGGCUCAGAAACGUGGGGCCCUGCCGAUGUGGUAGGUGAUGAAGAAGCGUCUUCUAGAGACACAUUUGACCAGAUGAGGGUCCCUUAGAGAAGCUCGUCACCUGUGAGAGUCUCUGGCAGAUCACUGUUACUUUUUGGAAUUGGAAUUCUAUUAAAAACAAAAAAAACCCCCCACAAAACCCCAAGCACACCAAACCCCCAAACCGCCCCAGAAUGGUUGGGAGGCCACUGAAAUCCGCCCCUGUUGCUAUGCUUCUUCCCUUCCUCCUGAGCCAGGUUCCCCUUGGGCGCCGCUGUGGCCGCGCUGGCCCUGAGCGUGCAGCUCCGCGUGGCGGCGCAUGCGCAGAGAGCAGCCCUGGGCCGAGGCCGGUGGUGCCGGCCGAAGCAGGUGACGGCCGCUGGUGCUGGGGGGCCCCUCCCGGGGCGGCCGUCCCCAGCGCUGUAAAACCGUCGAGGGAAAGCGGUGCUGAUUCACGUUACAUCCCUGUGAAUUUCAGAAUUCAGAAGUGAAUUAUCGCUUCGGUCCACUCGCCUUGUUUCCCCAAUUUCCCCCAACCCAGGCUUCCUAACCCUUAGACUUCCCAGUGUUCUGAAAGGAGGCGUUGCUGCACGUCUUCCUUCGACCACACCAAGCCAUCAUCCUCCGUUGCUCCCGGGGACUCAGGAGGAGAUCUCGUGCUCUGCUGUCCACUUCCCGUCUGGCUCCGCGUAGGGUCCCUUUGCCAUCGGACGCGUGGGGAUAAAAGCAAUUCUGACUGUCCAGGAGCUUCAUCUGACCGUUCUCUUGUGUGGAUGACCACAUCGAAAGGCAAUUUUAGUGUAUUAAUCAUAGAUUAUUAUAAACUAUAAACUUAAGGGCAAGGAAUUUAUUACAAUGUAUCUUUAUUAAAACAAAAGGGUGUAUAGUGUUCACAAACUGUGAAAAUAGUGUAAGAACUGUACAUUGUGAGCUCUGGUUAUUUUUCUCUUGUACCAUAGAAAAAUGUAUAAAAAUUAUCGAAAAGCUAAUGUGCAGGGAUAUUGCCUUAUUUGUCUGUACAAAUGAAGCUCAGUAACAUACCUGCUUCUUGGAGCUUGGGAAUAUUUUAUCCUGUAUUCUUGUUUGAAUCCCUCCUCUAUUUAAGAUAUAUACAUGGAAUCGAAGUGUUUAUGUAAUAGUUCUAUCCUUUUGCCUGCAGGUCAGUUGUAAUAAAUCUAGGAUGUGAUGAUGACUUUGUAAUUUGAUUUCCUGAAGUCAGACCCUGAGAGGGGAAAAUCAAGUAAAUUCCAUUAAAUUAUCUGUGCAUUUCA